AUGACCCUUAUCUUUUUAUUUUUCAGUUAUGGAACAAAAAUAUUACAUCAAAACACUGAAGCUUUACGGUCUAAAUUCUUUCCACCCCUCCAAAAAGCGAUGCUACCACCCAAUAGUUUUCAAGGAAAAGUGGCGUUCAUUACUGGGGGAGGUACUGGCCUUGGAAAAGGAAUGACAACUCUUCUGUCCAGCCUGGGUGCUCAGUGUGUGAUAGCUAGCCGGAAGAUUGAUGUUUUGAAGGCUACCGCAGAACAAAUUUCUUCUCAAACUGGAAAUGAGGUUCAUGCGAUUCAUUGUGAUGUGAGGGAUCCUGAUAUGGUUAAAAACACUGUGUCGGAAUUGAUCAAAGUCGCAGGGCAUCCUGAUAUCGUGAUAAACAAUGCAGCAGGGAAUUUUAUUUCUCCCUCUGAAAGACUUUCUCCUAAUGCUUGGAAGACCAUAACUGACAUAGUUCUAAAUGGCACAGCCUUUGUGACACUAGAAAUUGGAAAACAACUAAUUAAAGCACAGAAAGGAGCAGCCUUUCUUGCUAUUACAACUAUCUAUGCUGAGUCUGGAUCAGGUUUUGUGGUACCAAGUGCUUCUGCCAAAGCAGGGGUGGAAGCCAUGAACAAGUCUCUUGCAGCUGAAUGGGGCAAAUAUGGAAUGCGAUUCAAUGUGAUUCAACCAGGGCCUAUAAAAACCAAAGGUGCCUUUAGCCGUCUUGACCCAACUGGAACAUUUGAAAAAGAAAUGAUUGACAGAAUUCCCUGUGGUCGUCUAGGAACUGUGGAAGAACUUGCAAAUCUUGCUGCUUUCCUUUGUAGUGAUUAUGCUUCUUGGAUUAAUGGAGCAGUCAUAAGAUUUGAUGGUGGAGAAGAAGUGUUUAUUUCAGGUGAAUUCAAUAGCCUGAGGAAGGUCACCAAGGAAGAAUGGGACAUAAUGGAGGGACUCAUCAGGAAGACAAAAGGAUCUUAAGACCACUCUGGCCUUCAUCUUGGUUACAGAAUAAAGUCAGGGAAUAGAAAUAAUACAAACUAUCUAUAAUAUUUUGAGUAUUUUCAAGUCUAAUAAAUUGUUAAUUAACAAACA